AUGUCUGGCGCAGACGCGGCAGCGAACUUCGCGCCUCUUGACGCGCCUGCAUUUGUUGCUCCGAAGCACCUGCUCUCGCGCCCGACCGUCUCACCCGCCGACAAGGAACAAAUAGAGGGCCUGCGGACCAUUCGCGCAUUUUUGAAGGCGAGGACAAGCUACGACGUGCUGCCCAUCAGCUACCGCCUGAUCGUCCUGGAUACCGCGCUGCUGGUGAAGAAGAGCCUCAACAUCCUCAACCAGAAUGGCAUCGUAUCGGCGCCGCUCUGGGACUCCAAGUCGUCGACCUUCGCCGGCCUGCUCACCACGUCCGACUACAUCAACGUCAUCCAGUACUACUGGCAGAACCCCGACGCCCUCGCCAGGGUCGACCAGUUCCGCCUAAACAGCCUUCGGGAAAUCGAGAGAUCGCUCGGCGUCACGCCCAUCGAGACCAUCUCCAUCCACCCCGACCGCCCCGUCUACGAAGCAUGUCGCAAGAUGCUCGAAUCGCGCGCACGCCGCAUACCCAUCGUCGACAGCGACGACGAGACACACCGGACCAUGGUCGUUAGCGUGAUUACGCAAUAUCGCAUUCUCAAGUUCAUCGCGGUGAAUGUCAAGGAGACGCAGAAGCUGCGGAAGCCGCUGUUCGAGAUGCCGAAUGUCGGCACGUACCACGAUAUCGCGACGGCGUCCAUGGAUACGCCAGUCAUGGAUGUCAUCCAUAUGCUGGUCAAGAAGAAUAUCUCAAGCGUGCCGAUUCUAGACAAGAAGGGCGUAGUCCUGAAUGUCUUCGAGGCCGUCGACGUCAUUGCACUCAUCAAAGGCGGCGUAUACGACGACCUGAACCUCACAGUCGGCGAUGCUUUGCUGAAGCGCUCAGACGACUUCCCUGGCAUCUUCACAUGCUCAUUAUCAGACAACAUGUCCACGAUAUACGACACCAUCCGCAGAUCACGCGUUCACCGCUUCGUUGUCAUCGACUCGGAAAGCAGACUCAAGGGCAUCCUCACGCUGAGUGAUGUCCUUGAGCAUACUUUAUUGGAAGGACUUGAAGAUGACGAGUAGCGCUACGUCAUCGAACGCCAACCUUUGUAUCACGAUUAGCUGGGGUUGCGAGCACUCCAUCAUUGUGGUAGUGAAGCCCUACAGCUCGAGACGAGAGGACGGGGAGCGGUAAUGAUUGCGGAGUUGCGAAACAGAAGGUGCCACACCGAGAUUACGAGUGCAGAGGUAUAUCCUCACUAUGCGAUUCCCACAAUAUGAAAUGAAA